CGGAAAUGAAAAACACGCACAUGCAACUUCCUGUUGACUGUGGAUAGUGGAAAGCGAGAUUCGUCUUAAAAGAUGGAAAGAAAAACCCUAAAAGUAUCUGCACCCGAGCUGCGGAAGGCAGUUGAAGGUCUGAUGAAGUUAAUCAAAGUAGCUGAUAAAAAAUCUGACAUUCUCCAAGAAAGAGAGAGGAUUAAUUUACAAAUCAACAUGAAGAAAAUUCCCAAUAUGCCAGAAAUGACCAUCAACAUGAACCUACCACAUGGACUUUUUACCCCUGAUACUGAUGUCUGUCUGUUUGUCAAAGACGUAGAUAAGACGAGUCGCGAGUUUGAGCUGACCGAGGACCAUUUUAGGGACAUGCUCAUAGACAAGGGAGUUAACUGCAUCCGAAAAAUUAUACCACUCAAAGCACUGAAGUUAGAAUACAAGCCAUUUGAAGCCAAGCGUAAUUUGUCCAAUGAAUUUGAUCUGUUUUUAGGAGAUGAUCGCAUCAUACGGCUAUUGCCAUCUCUACUUGGAAAGAGUUUUUAUGGAAGAAAGCGAAAUCCCAUUCAGGUCAAUUUGAAAGCUAAAAAUUUGAAAGAUGAGGUUACAAAGGCAGUCAAUAGUACCAGAUGUAUUAUCAAGAAUAGAGGAUCUUCAUGCAUGGUGACCAUUGGAAACACAGAGCAGUCAUGUGAUCAGAUUGUAGACAAUAUUCUGAAAGCCAUUGAGCUGUUAUCACAGAAAUUCCCAGGGGGACCAGACAACAUCAAAAGUCUCCAAGUCAAAACAGACUCUUCAAUGUCCAUUCCAUUCUACGUGUCACUGGAUAUCGGAGACUCGGUUGUGUUUCCUGAAAGAAAAAGAGCUAAAAAAGAGUUUGUCAUAGAAGACAUCACUACAGUCACAAAUGGAAAGGUCAAAGUCACAGAGGAUGGUCGAGUCAAGAUAGUAAAGAGUGGUGGCAAGAGAAAGAACAGGAAGAGGAACUCUUCAGAGAUCAAAGAUAAAAAAGGUGUCCAGAAAAAAGGUGAGAAGAAAGAAAAAGAAGGUACUUCUAAGGGAGAGGAGGAGGUGGAAAUUAAAAUAGAAUAUGACUCCCAAGAAGAAAUGAAUGAAGAACCUGCACAGAAAAAAGCAAAGAAAACACCCAAGAAAGAUUCUAAGAAAACAGCAACUCCUGCUGGAAAAAUGACCACACCAAUUGCUUCAGAAAUGAGCUCAUCUUUAGAUAAGGAAAAUCAGAAAUCGGGCAAAAGGAAAACUCCAAAGUCUUUAGGAUCAGCACAAAAGCAUGGACAGUUUUCUCCAACAUUUAAUGAAUCAUCCACUGAAAAUUCAAAGAAAACACCCAAGUCACAAAAGGGAAAGAAAGAAAUGAAUAUUGAGACUGUAAUAUUGAAACAGGAGGAGGACGAAAAAUUACAGACAAUAGAAACACCAGUAAGUGUAAAGAAAUCUACAGGAAAAACACCUAAAAGUGCCAAACUAGAUACUUCUGAAAAGAAAACUCCUAAAAGUGAAAUCAAACAGAAGAUAUCAGGAAAAACACCCAAGAGUGUCACCAUAGAAAAGGCAGCCAAGAAACUGAAAGAAGUCACUCCUCCUAUUGUAAAAAGACUACAAACCAAAGCAAAAACAGUGACACCUGGCACACCAUCAAAGAAACAGAGGAAAAACUAAGGCUGAAGAAAUUUGUCAUUUGAAAGAGAAAUUCUUAGCUCACCUGAAUCAAUGACACAAGUGAGCUUUUCUGAUCAAAAAGUCUCUGUUGUCUGCAAAAAUUUUCCACUUUUUCUAAUUCUCGAGAUACAUUGAGCAAAAUUCGACCCAGUCGGCACAAAGGGUCCUUUUGAUGGUAGGAAUUGAAAGUCAAAUUUGAAAUUGCUUUCCAGAUUUUUUUUUAAAUAAGUCAAAUAAGCAUACAUGGAAAGUGAAAAAAAAAAAUCUCUAAAGAGUAGCACAGCUACACUAGAUUAAAUGCAAGCACACCAAUGUUGUGUGGAUUAAUUUUUAUCUUUUUGUAAAUUUGGACUCAGGGUCAGGAUGGGACUAACAGUAAUGCAAAUACAGUUUGAACAUUUUCAUUGGGAUAAAAAGGGGGGAAAAUAUUUUUAAAAAUGUAAUAAAAACAGUAGGGACAUAGUGGAGUGAGUGUUGUGGCCUUUGGACUUUUUUGAAUUAUCUCUUGAUUCACUCAAUAUGUUUGACACUGUUCCCAAAUAUCAUGUUAUACAAAAUGUUCCAUGGAGCAAUUAGUUUUGUUAUAAAGAUGGACAUAAUGAUUAUGGGGUAAUCAUUUUAUUUAAAAUUAAGGGGAUUAAAAUUCUGAAAAUAAAUAAACUAAGUUGUUCAA